CCUGCAAGGUCUUAGAGGCCUGGACUGAGCCCGCUGGUUCCCACUGCACAGAUGGGGAAGCGGAGGCCUGUGGCGUCGGAGUGGCCGGCCCCCAGCCACACAGUAAGACCCCAACCCCUCUGGACCCUCCCGCUUCUGCUGUGGACACUCCUGACCUGUGGUUUGGGGGGCAGUGCUCAGGGUCCAGAUGAGUGGACUCUGUGGGGCUCCUGGAGUGGCUGUUCCAGCACUUGUGGGCGAGGCGUCUCUGUGCGCAGCCGCCACUGCAUCCGGUUUUCUGAGGAAGAGUCGUGCUGGGGGGACACCCAUGAAUACCGUCUCUGCCAGUUGCUGGACUGUCCCCCAGGAGCUGUGCCCUUCCGAGACCUCCAGUGUGCCCUCUACAAUCGCCACCCUCUCCUGGACACGCAGAAGACCUACCAAUGGAUACCCUUUUAUGGCGCACCCAACCAGUGCGACCUCAACUGCCUGGCCGAGGGGCACGCCUUCUACCACAGCUUCGGCCGCGUGCUGGACGGCACCCCCUGCGGCCCGGAUAGUGCCUUCGCGGGGUACUGGAACGUGACCCUGAUCCCUGAGGGCGCCAGACACCUCCGAGUCACCCAACAGAGCCACCGCAAUCACUUGGCGCUGAUGGGGGGUGACGGGAGCUACGUGCUCAAUGGGAACUGGGUCGUAAGCCCACCGGGGACCUACCAGGCGGCCGGCACGCACGUGGUCUACACCCGAGAUGAGUCCUCCCAGGAGAUGCUGAGUGCAGUGGGACCCACCUCCCAGAACCUGAUCCUGCAGGUUCUCCUGCAGGAGCCCAACCCAGGCAUCCAGUUCGAGUUCUGGCUCCCCCAGGAGCUCUACAGCCCCUUCCAGGCACAGACACAGGCCCUGGGCUGGUCCCUGCUGCGGCCACAGAGUCGAGAGGUGGAGCCUCAGCCCCUCGUGACCCCCACAGCCCCUGCUGCCGCCCCCCCACGGACCGCGGUCCCUGCCCCAGACCCUUGCCCACCCUGCCCUGACACCCGCGGCCGCGCCCACAGGCUGACCCACUAUUGCAGCAGUGACUUUGUGUUCCGGGCCCAAGUGCUGGGCCACCUCCGCCAGGCCCAGGAGAGUCGCUAUGAGGUGCGUGUGCAGCUUGUCUACAAGAACCGCUCGCCGCUGCGGGCCCUCGAGUACUUGUGGGCCCCCGGUCGCUGCCCCUGUCCACUGCUGGCCCUCCAUCGUGAGUACCUGCUGGCUGCCCAGCGCCUUGUCAGCCCCGACGGCACUCAGGACCGGCUGCUGCUUCCACACGCUGGCUACGGUCGGCCCUGGAGCCCCGCUGAGGACAGCCGUAUCCGACUGGUCGCCCGGCAUUGCCCUGUCUGAACCCCCACACGAAGCCCGUGACAUCGAGGCAAAUACGCCUGGCCCGACUCAAACUCGACAUUCUCGCCCUCGGCUGUGGCCGCCAGGGGAGUCCGAAGCAUCCCCUUCUGCAGCCCCAGUUAGACGCCGGCACGGUCAGCCUCACUGCCGUGGACAGACAGAUGCAGGUCCACAGGUGAGAACGCACUGCAGAGAGCAUUUCCUCUCAGCCUGGCUACCCAGAAACUCACCGUUAUUCGCGCUCAGAAGCUGGAUGUCUGCUUUGCCCCUUCACACUCACUUGUUUAGAGACACCGUCACGAACAGCAUGGCCUGGAGAAGCUGUGCCUAACAAGACGUUGUGAUGCAUCAGUUUCCCUUUCUGCCUUGGCUAUCAGGAACUUGGCACUACUUAAUUCCAUGAUACACUGUUCUGGUUGUCGUUGCCUUUUCGCACAGACCUUCUCAUAUCCCUAGAGGUCGUCAAAUACAGAUGUGCACCCGCUCCCUGGAGACAUGGCUGGCCAGGCAUUGUCAUACACGAAUUUCCCCUUUUGCCCUGACGACCAGGAAGCUCCUAGGUCGUCUUGACAGCCUCAGCCAUUCUGGCAUGUCACCUGGAGUCAUCACUGGGCUUCCUCCGGGCAACAUUGCUGUCCACUCCUUUUUAAUUCCAGUUCUUUAUAGGCAUUUGUUUUUAUCAAGGCCACUCAGAUGCACAUGCUCAGCUGCAGAGACUCUGGGAGGCACUGGUCUCACAGACACGCAGUCAUACACACACCCACCUCCUGCACCAACCCUCCCUCCCCUCGGAAUACCUGACCCUGCGUGGGAGUGAGUAUAGGGAAGGUAUGAAGAUGGGGUACAGGUGGGGGGAUACACGGGGCUUUAAGGUCCCAAGUGCCCUCUCCAUGCCCCCUUGGGGGCCACACUUUCCCCUCAGGCUACCCGAUAGAACUGUACCCCACAGAGGAUGCUGGCAAGCCAAGAAUCGGGGUGUCUGUGGGUUGUGACAUGGUCACUCAGCAAACCCUCCCGUGGGGGCCACCCUGAGGGGCCACCCUUCUGCCUCUCCAGUGUGAGUGGGCUGACGCACGCUGUCAUCGGGAGAGCCUGCUCUUCUGGCCAUUGUGGUGGUUUUUCUCUGGGUCACUGGGUGACAGAAAUCGACAUGAGGGUCUUACACUCAGCUCCUGCCCUCGCAGGUGACCUCAGGCCAGACUCUGAGCCCAAGUUUUUCCCAGUGCAAGUAGCCUUUCAACACCUCCCCCUCUGACCAGGGAGUUGCACGCUCGGGAUUCCUCCCUUGGCACCCCCACUCAUGCUUUUCUCCAGUGAGCAUUUACUGUGCUGUAUCUGCCAGGGAACCAGCUCUGCCCUUCCCCUGCUCAGCCUUGUUAUCUGUAACCAGGGCUGAAAGUGGAGAAUCCCCCGCCUUCCUCGUGGUGCAGGGGGUAAGUCUCAGCACCACCAAACUAUGGGCAGCCA